CCUUGGUGAUGCGCAGAGUUGUUCUAUGUUAUUCUGGUACUAACUCGUUUGAGUAAAUGUGAAGCUCCAGUUCAAUUGCUUGUAUUCCGAGUCUUUCUUAUUACAUAAAUAAGUACUAAGUGUUAAGACACUACAAUGGCGACGAGGAUGAUUACCUGCAGUGUGCAUCACGAAUACAGAUGGAGUUCGUAGGAAGAGAGGAAGAUUUUGACCCUGUAGCACAACAGCUAGCAAGCAGUGAAGACGAGGGGAGAGCUGACGAGAACGAGGCGGCAGAUCAAAGACCCGUGGAGCCGGAGGUCACAGUCAUCCAGAUUCUUUUGGCAUCCAGGUCCAAUACCAAGACUGUGCUGGACAUUGACAAUGCCAAGCUUGCUUCUGAGGACUUCAAGAUGAACUAUGCGAAAGAGCAGGCCAUGAGGAUGGCAGUGGAGGCAGACAUCAGUGGUCUGAGGAGGGUCCUGGAUGACAUGAACCUGGGCCGCUCUGACCUGGAGAUGCAGUACGAGGGUCUGAAGGACGAGCUCAUCAUGCUUAAGAGGAGCCACCAGGUGGUAACAGAUUGUUCCGGGCCAACAGUUAUUCACAGUACAACCACACUGUAUAGCACAGGGGAGCUUCAAGCUACGGUUGGUUGUUAUGGUUACUACCUGAGGUUACGCCCUCUGACCUUUGACCUACAGGAGAUUGCCCUGGUGAAGACCCACGUGGGCAGCCAGGUGAAUGUAUCAGUGGAUGCUGCCCCAUCCCAGGACCUGAACGCAGCGAUGACCGAGAUUAGGAAGCACUACGAGUCUGUGGCCAUCAAGAACCGCAAAGAGCUGGAAGCCUGGUACCAGGGCAAGCUGGCCACAGUGGAGAUUGAAGUCAUGACAAACAAUGAGCAGCUGAAAUCCUCCCUGGAGCCCACGCUGGCAGACACCCAGAAACGCUACUCUGCUCAGCUGGCAGGGCUCCAGAGCAUGGUGACUAGCCUGGAGCUCCAGCUCUCCCAGCUCCACGCCAACAUCGCCCACAACAAGCAGGAGUACGACAUGUUUCUGAACCUCAAGACCCGGCUGGAGCUGGAGAUUGCAGAGAACAGGAGGCUGCUGGACGGAGAGGACGACAGUUCCACCCAAGGGGUUACCAAGAUGAUCACCGUGACCCAGACCAUUGUGGAUGGAAAGGUGAUGGUUCUGUUAACAGAACCAUCGAUAAAGAUUAUGUGGUUGAAUGAGAAUGGGCUGUGUGGUUUCACUUGUUUCAGAUAUAUGAAUGCUUUAUAAUAGACUGACUAUAUGAAUCUGUGAUUAUGGAUGUCAAAGCAGAUACAUUUUGUGUUGUCAUUUCAUAUGACUUGAUUUCAAUUCGACAUCUUUCCACCAAAACAUGGUGUCCAGCACUAGAGUUGACUCCACAAACACUCUCCAUACAGUAUAUAACUCUGAAUCUAAUGCUUGAAAAACUGAGAGUUUGAUUAAUAGAGAUAGAAUGAUGUAAUUUUGCCGACAGCCAGUGUGGCGGCCCUGCCACUCUGUCUGCCAAAUUCUUUCUCUUUGCUCGUUUUCCUUGGUAGGAUGUCAGGGGGCGGAGCUCAGGUGUGUCCCGGGGAUAAGUACACCUUUCCCCGUUCAUUGAGGAGACUCUCUCCACGCAGACACACUGUUAUUUUUGGUUGUGGCAUUUUGUGGUUUGUUUGUUUUGGCACCUCUCAACACCCCUCAUUUUCACCAUCUAUGCAUGCAACCACUCACUUACACUACUAAAUACUGACUACACACACCAUUGUUACUUGUAUAUAGUUUUAGUUAAGAAAUAUUUAGUUAAUAAAUAUAUUUUUGUUUUUCCUUAUCUCCACGUUGUCUCCCUCAUGACUUCCACCGAAGGUGGUUCCUCUCCCUGUUCCCUCGGUGCUCGGGGGUCGGCAUCACCGGCC